AGAUUACGAUUAUUGGCAAGGCUUUCGCGCGCUCCUGGUUCGCAGUGUUCUAUCAACUCGUCUUCGAGUUGUUACAUCAAGAACACAUCUACCAAUCUUUGAAUUUUACAGUUUCCGCUUGGCUCAUAAGAUUAAGAAUAUGCACGUGAUCAUGUUAUCGUCCUCAAUUAUAGUACAUUCAUAAAAAAUAGAGAUCAUAAUCAACAUGAGAAGUUUUUUUUCUAGAUGUUUGUCGCAAUGUGGUCUUUUCUAAAUCUAAUGAAUUAUAUGCACUGCAGCUGAUCCACCACUUCUUCUGAGAAAAAAAUUCAAAAAAAAUGUUGGCAUCUUCGAGUCUAGCAAGGGACAGCGCUUGUGCGGCUUGUGCACUUCGGAGUUCACUUGUCGGAGGUCUAAAUGCUCUGGUAUGCAACGGUUGUAGGAGCAGUCCGAUAUGUGCAACUAGCUCAAGAACAUGUACACCUUCUUCAACAGGUCCUCCCGCGGGAGUUUUUGGGACGAGUUGUACAUCUCGGAGCUCUAGAAGGACGAUAGCACCAGGAACCGCACCAUGUGUUUUACGUACCGAUGUGAAGCAUUUCAGUAGCCGCGGCGUUUUUGAAGGCGACGACGGGACUAUGGGGGAUCUGUCAGCGAGAAGCAAUAGCUGUAGCUCUUCCUCGACAGGUGGUGGGACAGGUGGUGGAUUUUUCCCUCCGAUAUCGCUCUUGACUUCAUCGCAGGCUUCCGUUUCGGGAGCUUCCGCAGGAGGAGUUUUUACCAACAAGAAUCUGCUCGAUAGAGCACAACAUGAUUUCCAACGUCGUGGUCUCAUUCAGGCUUUUAGUUCUUUGUCCUCUUGCCCUGCAACAUCAUCGAGUAGUACCGGCGCAAGCUCGACGGGGCAACCGCCAGGGGUGGAGCAUGUGAUUUUAGGUCAGGGACCUAUACCUGAUAUUACUAGUAGUAUCGGAUCGCCUAGUAAGCUAACUACACUCUCUUGCGGGGGCGGUCGAGAGCCACCAGAGAAUGGACCUGGGCGACCUCCUGAAAAGGGGAAGCCGUCUUCGUCGUCAUCGUCGACAGGCACAUCGACAUCUUCCCCUUCUCAUCCGACUGCGGCAAGCAAAAACACGACCACUUCUGCUUCCACUAUACCUCGAUCAGCGUCCUCUUCUUCUACUUCCGCAUCAAGUGCUGACAGUAGUUCUAGUAGAUCCGCCAGUUCCAACGGGGGCAUGUCUAGUAAUGGAAAAAACGGGACGAAUGGGGUGUCUACAACUUUCUCCAACGGAACUAGCAACGGUAAUGGAAAUGGAAAAGGGCAUCGUUUUAAAGCGUCCCAUCAAGCGGAGAAGUCAACGUCCCUGCAGAGCAAGAGAAAGCUGCGGAGGGAGCAACUGAAGAACUACCUGAAUCCAGAAAGGGUGCUCUUUACAGCCCAGGGCCUUGUCCUUAAAGCUAAGGCAGCAGGGCGGUUCACAGUGUCUAAAUUGCAAAACCUGAGAAAGGGGAUUGUCCGGGUCUGCAAGGAUCCUAGAGUUCUCUCGUUGUGGGCUCAGGACGUCAAAGACGCAGUGAAACAUUUCAUAGAGUGGAAUAAACAAGGUAAUCAUGAUGUAAUUCAUAUCGUCAUCUAGUAGGGAGUUUGUCGUUCUUGUGUUUCUUCAAGUUCAAUAGUAUUACAUCUCUGUCUACUACUAGAUCUAGAACUACUACUACUAGAAUUCUAAAUCUAGAACGAUCAGCAAUUGAAUGAUAAUUACUGGUGGAACGAAAAGCAUAGAAGAUUAUAGUAUAGUCGAUACGCAUGAUUUCACUCCACACAGGUUUCGGCCUGUUUUGGUUGAACAUGAAAGUUACCCGGAAACUUUUGACGCGGCGCAUGCAAGGGCAUACUUUGUCCUAUCGCGAUCGUCAGUUGCUGGUGAGGACAACGGGAGACGUUUUCAAGCUGAUUCCGUUUAGCUUUUUCUUGAUCAUUCCUUUCGCGGAGAUCGCUUUGCCUCCUGUUUUAUAUUUUUUCCCUGGACUGAUGCCCUCCACGUUCCUUGAGAAAGGGCAAGAGAAUGAGUCUCUAGUGCGCAAGCUAAAGGCGAAGAAGGAGCUAGCAGUGUUUUUUCAAGAGGUAAUACCGCUAAAGACAAGGCCCCUGAGAAGAGGCGGGCUAUAAUGACUUUGAUGGGCAAACCCACUGUUUGUCCUUCUUUCGACUAGUAUUGUAUAGAAGCUGUAGAGGCAUCAACAUUAGUGUUUAGAAUGAUAUUUGAGUUUGCUCGUACGUUGAUAGACGUCAACUCGUAUUUUUGAAUGGUUGAGUACAAGAACAACAUCACUUCACCACAAACACGACCCGCCACCCAUAAUUACCAGGUAGUCGAUGCCAACACGAAGGAACAAAUUUUCAAAGCUGCAAGUGCUGAUAGCGAAAAAGGUAUGAGUUUGGAGGAAGCACAGUACGAAUUCAAUGCUUUUCAGGCGAAGAUGGAACGUGGGGAGUUUCCAAGUGCGCAAGAGGUAUUUCGCCGUCUUGUUUGAAGUGCAUUUCGUUGACUGUGCGAGCCUGUAAGUAGGGAAAUAUCUUCGAUGGGGUAAACGUCAAGCUGCGCCAGAACUUGCGAGCCCUCGCACGCGGUCUCCCUGCACGCUAUCGCCUUGCCUCGCUCAGAGCUGCCUGCCGGCGUGUCGCUGGGUGAAGGAAGUGCUGAAGCCUCUCGACGGAGUAGGCAACGGCCACCACGCGCGUCGUUUCCAGCGGCGCACUCGGGCAAAUGCGACGCAACGAGCCUGGCGACCUUUUGCAAAAUUACCGCCGGCGACACGUUGGCGAAGAGGUUGGCCGAACAACCAGCCCCGGCUGCGAUGGAGCUUUUCUCGGCUGGGCCCGGGUAGACGCCCCAGACAUUGCUUGCCAGCCUCUGGAGACACUGGCUCGCCGUUGUCUGGACCAAAGAAACAGGGACGAAACUGCGCGGCGGGUGCAAGGCUAAAAGCCUUCUAAGGAAAUCGGCAACCGUAUAGGCGAGGACGAGGAGGCGGAGGGCCGCCCCGUACACGCUUGGCGACAAUGCCAAGAAUAGAACACGACGCAGAAGACAAGGGGCACGCUCCUCGCUGUGGCAGGGGAAGCCUGUAGCAUUCUAGGUCUAGGCGACUGGCGCGAAGCUGGGGGGAGUGGAGGCACAUGCGUAAGCCGCCUGCCUUUUUCGCCGUCUGUUGUUAUAGUUUCGCGCAGUUUUGGCAAGCAUAGCAGUGGGCUCCCGCGUGGUGGCGUGCUCGGCUUUGUGGUGGGAGGUUGGCCCCGUCUGUAAGUGCGGCGGCUGCCUGCCACGACCGAGCCCGCGACUGCACUACGCGCCUUUGUCUGUUGUCUUCAUUUGCCAAAGAAUGAGCUCGGAAGACGGUGCUAGCGGAGCUCGGUGCAAGUUUGUACCUGAUGGGCCGGCCGCUGUUCCACUGUCGGCACUGGGGGGCCCCGGUAAAGGGACGCCUGGGGCCCCUGUCUUGACAAAGACAAAAUCGGGAAAGAAUCACCGUGGUGACUGUUUGUUCAGUGUUCACUUCGGCGCAGGGUUGAGGCGGUGCGCCAUCUUGGGGCUUGCUUUGCUUGGAUGUGUCUGAGGGGACAGGUUCGCCGCACUGCCAAGGACGCGCCGGCAGACGGGACAGCCAGGCGGCUGGAGGAACUGGCUCGCGCCUACUUUUCUCCAAACAGGCGCUGAGGGCAAACAGAAACGCAGCCGAUGGCUGUGUUUCUGACUGGUUUGGCGUGGGAGAUUCGACUGCGGCCAAAAUCUGGAAGGGGGCCGCGUAGUUGUCGCGCAUUUGCUCAAAGCAGUGCAGCCCCUACCUGAGAAGGAGGUGGGAAGGGGAGGGGGAGCGGUAAGGCUUUUUAGCGGGUUUUGAAGUAAGUUAGAGGCCGCGCCGUUAUCCAUCUCUGUUUCGUAGACGCUUGCGCUAUCAGCGGUCGCGUGCGUGGGAAGUCGUGACCUCGUCGCGCGCGGAGGUCUCGGCGUGGUUUGGGAAGGAUGGAUGUGGAGGCAGCUUGAGGCCCUGCCUUCGCACAGCGCGCGAAUUUACAGACGCCAAAAGGGAAACAGCAGCGCCCCAGGCUUCGCGGCGGAUUGGUGUCGGUCCAUAUUUAUGGCAAAAAGCAAAACGCACCCGGGAGGCGGGUGCCGCGAAGAGCACGGCCAUGAAGGCACUGAGGAGCGUGCAGGAGGAGCGCGCUGCAAUUGAGACGAAAGAAGCCGCGGAGCGUCUUCGCUAUGGGUAUGGGGUCGAGCCUCCAAAAAGUACCGGGAUAAUUUCAACCACAGCAAGGCCACCGCUGCGCCUUUUCUAGUCAAAACCCGGGCGCAGUCGCUUGGUGUCAAUCUUGAAGGCGUCGAGAAUGUCCGCGGGGUCAUCUUCGAGGGGAAAGGGGCCCGCCGGUUUGCCGGCUGGCCUCGGCGGGGGAAGCCGCGAGGCAUUCGCAAGGCAGUCACGCGCCAGCAGAUCCACGAGAAGAGCAAAAGCCUCGCCAAAGAUAAGACAGAGCCAAGGCGCUGAGUAAGGGCGUGACAGUGGAAGGCUUCGGCUGUGAUUGCUGCCCGCGCCGCAGGCUUGGGGAUGGUUCUGGUCCCAGGGCCCCGGCUUCUGUAACGGUUGCGCAGGCUGGUGCGCUUAAAUGGAGCGGCUCAAAAAAGGCCGGGGCGGCUUUGCGUGGUUUCUGUCUUUCAGGGCCUUCAGAAAUCUCCUCAAUCUGUGCAGCGUAUCGACGUUGAGAGCGGCCGGAUAUGGUUCACACAUAACGGGCUGCGAUUCUGGCGCCGAGUGGGCCACGGUUGGGCCGAAGGUGGCGCAAUGGAAUCCCUUCGGCAUUCCUACCCGAGUGGUGAAUAUGCGUGGCGACAAAAUUACUGGCAAGCUCCUAUGAGCUAUCCUUACUUUUCCUAUGUUCCUGAUGCGUCUUAUCCUAUCGUUCGCUGAUGUUCUCGUCUUGGUUGAUCUAUUGUCAGAAUUGAGGCACUCUUGACAGUUUCUCUGACUUUAAAAAUCCUAACUAAUAGUAAUUUCUGUGUCUCUUUUAUGAAUGGAUGGACAUAACUUAGCGCAGCCAGGGGGUGCGCUGCUAGCUUGGGCAUUGAGAGAGGGCGGGCGAAUGGGUCAAGACUCAAGGCUCACGCCUGGCAGUGCCUGGACGCACAAAGGGGGGCAGGAGCUGGCCCAUCUAAUCCCUUGCGGCUUUCGUGAAGUUAAUACCGAAGCCAACUCGUGAAGACUGACGGCGCUUCAGGACAGUCUGCGCCGCCAGGUUGCGGCUGUCUUUUCUUAUUGGGUGGUUGGAGGUGUACAGGGUGGAGAAGGAGAUAGCUGCGCGGUGGCCGGGGUGAACGAAUGAAGGGAAAGGGCAGUGAAGGCAAAACAAGCGGCGGCCAAGGGCUGGCGUGGCUGGGGGCUCGGCCUCGUCGUUCCGCAAGUGGAUGGGGCUGCGCUGUCGCGCAAGGCGGCGGCGGUGCGUCUGUGUCUGUGGUCAAAGACUGGAAAAGCGCCGCCACUCGCCUGCCCAUGGGCUGCGCUGGGGUCUUUUCCAUGUGAGGGCAGCCUGGGGUGGCUACAUACAUUUUGGGUGGGCGCGCAGCGCUUCUUCAAUCGGUGGAGGCGGCGGCAUUGCUGGGGCCCCUCGUCUCAUGUUGCCGGCGCCACCACCACCCCCGCCGCGGCUGCUUCUUUGUGUUUCCCUCGCCGGCUGUCCGGCAUGCCUGGCUGCGGUGGUGGGUUGCUUUUGCUCGUUCUUCUGACGCAAAGCGCCGGUGGCGCCCAGCAGCGGGGGCGUUUGUUUUCUAUUCUUCAUUGCAUAAAAAUGUCAUCUGUAUGUUGUUUCAGAGAAGUAAACCCUUUUUUUGUCUAAAGUCUACCUGAUUAAUAUUUAUUAGAUUGAGAACAAAUUCCGCGGCUGCAAAACAUGAGACUAGCAAGCUGGCACUCUGUAGCUACCAACGAUGUAUACGAGUCGCUCAAAGCCUCAAUGAAGAAGGACACGAAUCCCUAUCAAUCCCUUUCUUCAACUUAACCUCCUCUCCUCCCCAAUGAAGGUCGUAAGAUUUUCGAAGCAGUUCGGUCGCUGGUUUACAUUUGACAACCUCCCUGACGAUAAGCUUCGGAUUAUGGCGGAUAUCUUGGGCCUGGGAGAUAGUCCUUUAUUCCGCUCACACCUCGCUUUGCGUCUCCGACAUCAUAUCAACAGGUGCUUCGAUUUUUCUUUCCUCAUACUACGCUUUGACAGGGUUAGGAAUGUUGACACACCCAUCAUUCGCUAUGUUAAAACUUAGAUUAGCGUGUGUAGCGGAGACAUCCGUUGACGGGCUUUGCGAAGGUCGGGCCCGCCUACCUUGUAGGAAUUUUCUCGUGCAUGAUGUAGUACUCAAGUUUCACACGUCGCUCCUUUGAUGUAAGUAUGUGUGUAUGUAUAUGCAUCAGGAAUGAGGGCCGCGACUCGCCUGUUAAAAGAAAAACCACAUCUCAAUCUCUCAGAUUGCGUCGCGAGGAUCGUGAGAUUAUGUUUGAGGGUGUGGAUUCCUUAUCACGUGAUGACUUGGUGGAACUUUGUCGUGCGAGGGCUAUUCCAUUCACCGCGGACAUUUCGGAUGAGGCUAUGCGUGAGGGCUUACGAGGAUGGCUAGAACUCAGCGCUCACCGACAGAUCCCCGUUUCUGUGCUCUUGUGGGUGCAAACUUAUGAAAACGAUGUGUCGAUAUAUUCGGCCUCAAAUCUUGAGUUUUUGAGAUCCAAACUAGCCGCACCAGUACACCGACAUUCUGCAAAACUUGAACUACCCUCUUUAGGUCUAACAACGUUACUAAUUAAAUUGUUCUUACUAUUUUUUCAAUUGAUCCUCUAGCUACUACCUUGUCUCCUGAACAGAUAAGAUAUUCCCUCACGACGCCUCUCGAAGACGAAGAAGAGGGUUACUAUUAAUUUGACCCUCUACUCUUUGAACAAAAGUCUUCCCUCAGGAUGCUCACCCUCUUCUAAUGCCUGUACUAUUUGACCGGUGAAGGCAAGCUUGAGGGUCUCGACUUGGACAAGGUCGUGGAGACACCAGCAAGCCUGAAUGGAACAGCCGGAAGCAGACAAAGCUCGAGAGGCAAGACGGCACCUUUAGGAAAGACGGUACCUCUAGGAAAGAGAAAAACGGUACCUUUGGCCCUACUGGCAAGAGCAUUGAGUCGUCGAUGCUACAAAAUUUCACAUGCACUCCCUAUCGUAUCAGUCACUAUGCUUCCUCCGGGAGGAGGUGGUGGGGUUGUAAACAGUAAAAGUAACCGACAUGAUUCAGCACCAUCACGCUAUGCACUAAAUGGAGCUUACCACCAUAGUAGCAAAAGUACUAGGACCACACAAUCUCCGAUUCCUUCUAGAAAUACUGCAGUGCUGAAUGAUACAUCAAUAUCAAGCUACGGUUCUACUUCGUCUAUGGACCACACUUCUACUGACGCCCCAGUAAUUAUUCUUACACUUAAACGCCGCAAGUCUAGACGAAUAUGCAAAAUCCAAAGUGCUACAGGAGCAUCACUCGCAUGA